AUGGCCGAGGAAACCAGUUGGAAAUCUUCUCUCGACCGUCUCCUGGACACUGAACUCGAACUGAAAGGCUACGAGACGCUUGAGCAUUUGCUUGAUUCCCCGAGCAAUCGUUUCCCCCAUGAGAGCGCCGUGACAGAUGAAGAGGCAUACUUUGACAUCUUGGGAUUCAGUCCGGCCGAGACCGAUAACUCUCGAGCCUCCAUCGACUCGCCCAACAGCAUCCCAGAGCAGGAUGACGAGAUGCGAUGGGAGGUGGAUGAGACUGACUGUCUCAAGCCGCGAGAACAACUGACUUGCGGAGGCGUGUCUGAUACAUCCGACAUUUUUCUGGUCGGCUUGGAUGGUGUAUUGAGCUCGUUGAAGAUCGUCUCUCCUCCAGUGGAGAAAAUCAGCGAGGCUAGGCCAGAGCCGGCGCUGGUAUAUCUCUCGAGUGACCUUGAGACCAGACUGAUCAUGCUGUACUUUCUAACUGUCCACACCCUCUGCCCCGUGGUGGACAAGGAAUAUUUCUGUAACUGGCAAACCCCAGGUCGCCCGGUCAUCCAAUCUUUGACGACGUUGCGGGUUCGGUGCAUGUUCUUCGCGGCCUUUCAGCACCUGGGUGUCUCAGAGCUACGAGGAUCCCCAUUCACAUCCAUCAUAGAGGGCCAGCACUGUCUGUUCAACGAGGCGCGUCGGCUGUACGAGGCUCUUGACACGAAGCAGCAUGAAGGCGCGGUGGAACUAGUCCAGGCGGCCAUUCUUCUCUCACACUGGAGCCCGUACGACUGUUCUCAAGAUGUCAACAGCUUCUGGGUUGACAAAGCCUUUCAUCAUGCAGUCAUUGGAAAGCUGGACGCUGGAGCUGAACGACAUCAUCGCAUUAUGUGGUGGUGCUGCCUGGUACGGAACCGCACCAUUUCGCUGGCUCUGCGAAGACCGCACAAGUUGAAACGGAACCUUCGGCCUUGUCCAAUGCUUCACCUGGCCGAUUUGCUGCCUGCAAGGAUGGCGGCACGGAGACGCGGCGGAAUCGUGGAAGCCAACACCGCUUCUCAAGUGGGUGCCCAUGCCUUCGUCCACAUGUGCCGUUUGUCGGUCAUCAUGGAGCAGACCCUGCUUUUACGCCACGAGUCCCAGCGCUGGGACACCUGGCGAGGCCGAGACCGUACUGUCGACAUGUUGCGAGAACUUGAUCAAGCCCUUGAGACGCAUACCCGACAGUUCCAGGCGACUUUGGCUCGAUUCAAUCUUCGACGGCUGCUGCGGCAACAGAAAGUGUCAUUCCGUGUCCUUCGAAUCAUCGGAUUGUGA